UUAUUAUUAAAUCGUCAUAUCCUUUGAUCAUCACAAAACCCUUUUUUUUCUUAUCCUCUUUAUUCAAUCACCAUGGAAACCCAUACCCAGGAAAAGAGCAGAACCAUCAAUACUCAAACUCCUACCGGAAAGAAAAACCCUAAACAAGAAGCUUCACCAUCGUCGACUUCUUCGUCUCCUUCUCAUGAGUUCUCUUUCGCCAUCUCUCUCCAACCUCUCCCUUCUUCAUGCUCGAAACCGAACCCUAAUCAUCUCAGAACCACCUCCAAAACGACGUCGUCCACGGACCCUUUCGCCGUCGACUUGUCUCCGGCCGACGACAUCUUCUUCCACGGCCAUCUCCUUCCUCUCCAUCUCCUCUCUCACAUCCCCAUCUCUCCCCGGACUUCGACAGGCUCAUUGGACGGUUUUGCCCUCCCUGUCAAAGACAUAUUACACGACAAGCCCACUCUAAGUCACGACACGAUAACAACGGACAACAACAACAGCAGCGGAAGCAGUAGUUUAAUAACAAAGAGCACGAGCAACAUCAUCGAAAACGGCCACAAAACAGGCGUUUUCGAAGGCACGAAUCGACACGGCACGAAUCGAGGAAAGAACAAACCCAUUAGAUCUUUUUCACUAUUCAAUCUAUCAAAAUGGAGAAAAGGGUUCGAAGAUAAGGAUCGAGAUGACGAACAAGAAGGAGAGGAAAACAAAACGAAGCAGCAGAAGAAGAAGAAGAUGAAGCUUGUGAGCUUAGACUUGAGCCACGCUCUAAAGAAGUACAUAAGAAUGUUGUUCCAUAGGCGAGAAAACCGCACGCAGUUCAUGAUGAGGAGGAGGCAAGCGUAUUCAUUCUCAUCCGCAAGCGCCGUGAUGACGAAUUCAAGAACAAAAAACGACAACAGUGGAUACAAUAUCAAUGGCGGCAGGAGAAAAGAUUUGAGAGGAAGAAGGAGAAUAGGUGAGUUUUCGGCUCCGGCUUCGAUGAGGACUUCGCCGACGAACAGUGGACAUCUUCGAGGGAUUUCGACGACGAGCUCUUCCAAUUCUUGUUCGUCUUCGAGCGACAGUACGAUGGAGGAGUUGCAGGCCGCCAUUCAAGCCGCCAUUGCUCAUUGUAAGAACUCCAAUGCCCCUGAUCGUGAUGAUAAUAAUAAGGUUAAUAAUUAAGGAUUCUGGAAAUUACUCUACUGUUUUUUUGAAAAAAAUUUGUCUGUGUCACUUGGUGGGAGAAUUAUCGCAGAGUAAAAAGGAUUAUAUAUAUUUAUAUUUUAUAGUGUAUAGAAAGGAGUUAAGGUGUGCAUGUAGUGUUUUUUAUUGUAUGAUUCAUUAAUAAUUAAGAGAGAAAGGAUACAUAUUUGUUGCAAUCGACGUCACUUUUAUAGUUUCUUUUUUGUUU